AUGAACGAAACUAGACUCCUUGAACCAGAUACCAUACUUGCAAAUACUUGUUUUAAAGCAUUACUAUUGUUUGAUCAGUAUGAAUCUGGAAAAGAUAAUAAGAUGGAUCAUAUUGAAAUUCUUCCAGUUAUUCAAAAUAAUAAUAAACUUGCCACUGAUAAUAAUGAAGAAUUUAUUAUUAAUAAUAAUAAAGAAUUUGUUGCUAAUAAAUAUGAAGAAUUUGUCAAUGAUAAUAAUAAUAAUAAAUUAAUAAAAAAGUUGCAUGCAGAUAUUGAAACACUUUACUUUAGAAAUAUAAUAGAUCUCAAUAAUUAUAUCAACUAUUUAGGAGAAAAUGAUAUGAAUGAAGUAUUGGAUAAUUAA